UCCUCUUUAUCUUUAGAUUAGAAAAAGAUUACUUUAAAAAAAACCUAUUAUUGAGCUAUUAUCUAUAUCAUUCCACCUCGAGGAAAAGAACUAGUUGACAGGAAUCGGUUUUAAUGAUUUAAAAGGUUUUAUUUAUUAUUUCAGAUAAUUAAAUUGAGGUCAUCAUGGCUACAGCCGAAAAACCGAUACAAUGCCGUGCAGCAGUGGCAUGGGAGGCAAACAAACCGUUUUCAUUGGAAACGGUUGAAGUGGCAGUUCCUAAAAAGGGGGAAGUUAGAAUAAAGAUGGCAUCUACAGGUGUAUGUCAUUCUGAUCUGCACGUAUUGGAAGGAAUCGAUAAGAACUAUCCUUUCCCCAGUGUUUUUGGGCAUGAGGGAGCAGGAGUGGUGGAAAGCAUAGGGGAUGGAGUCACCAGCGUAAAACCAGGUGAUAAAGUUGUGUUAUGUUUCGAAAGCUUCUGCGGAGAAUGCGAGAAUUGCAAGCACACUAAAACUCAUCUAUGCAAGAAAACACCGAGAAACAACUUGCAAAUGGAUGGUACUUCUCGAAUUACCUGCAAAGGACAGAAACUUAGUCAGAUGAAUUCCAUCAGCACAUUUUCUGAAUACACAGUAACUUCUGAGUUCAAUGUGGCAAAGGUAAAUCCCGCAGCCAAUCCCAAUAUCUUGUGUUUGGCUGGUUGCUGCAUUCCCACCGGUUACGGAGCAGUUAUGAAUGCUGCGCAGGUACCUCGGGGUGCAACCUGUGCCAUCUGGGGUCUCGGAGGUGUAGACAUGUGCGUCGUAAUGGGAUGUAGAGAUAGUGGAGCAUCCAAGAUCAUUGGAAUUGAUGUCAAUUCUAAAAAAUUCGACCUAGCGAAGGAACUGGGUUGUACAGAUGUUAUAAAUCCAAAGGAAGUUAAUGUCCCCGAAAAAUUAGCAGAAAUGACCGACGGAGGCCCAGACUUUUGCUUCGUUUCUGUUGGAUUGAUUCCGGUGAUGGAAGAAGCUUUUAAUUCAAGUCAUCCACAAUGGGGCAAAACGGUUAUCAUUGGAUUAUCGAAUGUUGGAGAAACAAUGAAAGUUGGAAUCUGGGACCUUAUAUAUGGUAGGAAAUUAGUUGGAACAAGUUAUGGCGGCUAUAAAACCAGAAUAGGAAUUCCAAAAUUAGUCGAGAAAGUUCUGAACGGAGAGUUAGAACUCAAGAAGCUUAUAACUCAUCGACUGCCUUUGGAGGACAUCAAUGAAGGAUUUAAGAUGCUCACCACUGGAGAAUCGUUAAGAGCUAUUAUUGACUACGAUCUGAGGAAAUAGAUAUUUUCAGAACAAUUUUAAAAAAAUGUUGGAUGUUACUGUGAUCUGUGGACAUAAAAUAGUAUUUGAUUUUUAUUGUAAUCUUCUAUAAAUAAAUAAAAUGCAUUUUUGAAUAUA